CACUGCCCCUCUUCCGCCGCAUCAUUAGAACAUGGCGGCGCCCCAUGCCGUGGUCGGUGUGGAGGAAGGCAGCAGCGAAACAGGGCUUAUCCUGCCAGGUUCUACCCCCGCGGAUGAGAAGAGACCUAAGUUCGGGACACGCUUCCUCACAGACCCGCGGCAGGUCUUCCAGCACAACGCGUGGGACAAUGUGGAGUGGACUGAGGAACAAGAGGCGUCUGCUAAGAAGAAAGUCUCCGAAAACAAUCAGCCACUACCUGUAGAGAAACAAGAGGAAUACGACAGCCGGGCAAAUGAGUUCUGGAAUGGUUUUUACACAAUCCAUGAGAAUCGUUUCUUCAAAGACCGUCACUGGCUCUUCACAGAGUUCCCAGAGUUGUCCCCACAGUGUCGCCUCGACCACGAGUCCCAUCUCGAGGUCUCCGGCGCAGACGACGGUUCGCGGGAUUGUCUUGAUCAAGAACAAAGAAGGGAAGUUGCGGUUUUGUCUCCCACUGAUGGAGACAUCCCUGGCUCCUCUGCCAAAUAUCGCAUUAUGGAGGUUGGCUGCGGUGUUGGCAAUACCGUUUUUCCAAUACUGAAGACCAACAAUGACCCGGGACUCUUUGUUUACUGCUGUGAUUUCUCCAGCACUGCUGUGGAGCUAGUCAAGAUUAAUCCAGAGUACGACCCCGAGCGCUGCUUUGCCUUUGUUCAUGACUUGAGUGACGUGGAAGCCAAUUACCCCGUCCCCGAUGGAACCCUUGAUGUUAUAGUGCUAAUCUUUGUGUUAUCAGCAUUGCAUCCCAACAAGAUGCAGGCAUCCAUCAGUAGGUUAGCGCGGCUGCUGAAGCCUGGGGGAGUGAUGCUACUCAGAGACUACGGACGCUACGAUAUGGCACAGCUUCGAUUCAAAAAAGGAAGGUGUCUGUCAGAAAACUUUUAUGUCCGAGGUGAUGGAACAAGAGUGUAUUUCUUUACUCAAGAUCAUCUCCAUGAGAUGUUCACUGAGGCAGGGCUUGAAAAGGUGCAGAACCUUGUGGACAGAAGGCUCCAGGUGAAUCGGGGCAAACAGCUCACCAUGUACAGGGUGUGGAUCCAGUGCAAGUACCGCAAGGCUCUACCUGAGCCACUUGAGACGCAGGGCUGAAACCGAGGGGAGAAACCGAGGGGAGAACCCGCCUGGCUUGACCUGACCAAGCUGAAACUUGGAGCUCAAAUCAAGGCGGUGCUGGCUCUAUUGUGAUCGUGAUAAAGGGGAUGCAGCUGGAUAGUCAAAUGUUGAAAAUACCUUUACACUAUCUCAGCUGCCAUAGUGUUGAUGGAGUUGUUUUACAGCUAGGGUUUGUGAUGGUGCUGAUUUGCAAUGUUGUGCUGAUGACUUCAGUAAUCUAAGAACGGGCUGGGUACCCCUGUUGAAAUGUUUCUAUUCUGCCAGAUUCUGUUUUUUAAUAAAUAGAAUAAUUUUCUGA